AUGGACGUAGGCACGACGAGCUACCGGCCCCCGGAACUCAUGUUUGGUAAUCAGUGGUACAACACCAGUCUUGACAUGUGGGCAACUGGUUGUGUGGUUGCUCAAGUGGUGAGCUUGGGCUCUCAAACCUUGUUCGAUUCUGGUGAUCUUGGAAGCGAUCUUGCCUUGAUCAAGAGCAUCUUUUCUACGCUGGGAACUCCGGAUCUCGAGAAAUGGCCUGUAACCAAAAGCCUACCAGACUGGGGCAAGAUGGCCUUUGUACAGUACCCAUCCAAAGCUUGGACAGAGCUAUUACCCAAUGCUUCAUUGGAUGCAAUAGAACUGGUGCAAAGCCUCAUCGUCUACGAAAGUGGUGACAGGAUGAAAGCUGACGAAGUAGGUCUCAUCAUCUCCGAUUAG